GGUCCAUCACUAAUUCAUUAAUUUCAUUUUAAUUUUUACAGCUUUAAUAUAUCUUUAAUUUAAUAUCCCCGUCACUAAUUUGUCUCAAAUCAGCAAACUUUUCAUAUGGGUUUUGUCUUGAUCACCAAAAAAACACGUUAUAUGCUUCUUAUUAAUGAUGCAAUUAUGAUACACACACGAUUAUUGCCUUAUUAGUCCGAUCUGUGACAAGUUUCUGUCAAUUUCUGUUUUUUUUUUAAUCAAAACGUCGUCGUCUUGUUCUUCAUGCCUGUUAUUAACUUUAUAACUUAUGAUUGAUGGCUAAAUGUUUGGAAAUGAUAUUUGUUUGCAGUGUAUUUGAUGAAUAAAAGAGGGGUUUUUUAGUUUAUUGGUUUUAAAGAAAUCUUGAUUGUUUUUAUGGGCAAUUCAUGCCGUGGAUCUCUUGGAGACAAAGAAGUUAAGAGCUUAAAUCAACCCAAAAACCGAUCCGAUAACGGUGAACUACCCGAUCAACAACCGUCUUCAGGCGGCCGGAUUGACAACUUGAACCACCCUCAAAAGGUCACAUCCCAAGAACCAUCCAAGCACUCGAACCGCAACCCGAAACCCGAAAACAACGAAACCAUGAACCGCAACGCCACUGCGAAUCAAGGUUUCUAUGUGAUCGGGCAUAAGACCGAAAACAUUCGUGAUCUUUACACAUUGGGUCAAAAGCUAGGCCAGGGUCAAUUUGGGACAACAUAUUUAUGCAAAGAGAAUUCGACCAGUAUAGAUUACGCGUGUAAAUCAAUAUCGAAACGGAAGUUGAUAUCGAAAGAAGAUGUGGAGGAUGUGAGGAGGGAGAUUCAGAUCAUGCACCAUUUGGCCGGGCACAAGAACAUUGUCACCAUUAAAGGUGCGUAUGAAGAUCCGUUAUACGUUCAUAUUGUAAUGGAGCUUUGCAAUGGUGGAGAGUUGUUCGAUAGGAUUAUUCAAAAGGGGAAUUAUAGCGAGAGGAAAGCAGCCGAAUUGAUCAAGAUUAUUGUUGAUGUCGUUCAAGCGUGUCAUUCACUUGGAGUUAUUCAUCGCGAUUUAAAGCCCGAAAAUUUCUUGUUGAUUAACAAAGACGAUGACUUUUCGUUAAAGGCGAUUGAUUUUGGGCUCUCGGUGUUCUUCAAACCAGGUCAAAUAUUCACAGAUGUGGUAGGAAGCCCAUAUUAUGUUGCCCCCGAGGUGUUGUUGAAGCGUUACGGGCCCGAAGCCGACGUAUGGACAGCAGGGGUGAUACUUUACAUACUUUUAAGCGGUGUACCUCCGUUCUGGGCCGAAACACAACAGGGAAUCUUUGAAGCGGUUUUGAAGGGAAAUCUUGACUUCGAAUCAGACCCGUGGCCCCUCAUAUCCGACAGUGCAAAAGAUCUUAUUAGAAAGAUGAUAUGUUCUCGGCCUUCUGAUCGCUUAACUGCUCAUAAAGUUCUAUGUCAUCCUUGGAUAUGUGAAAACGGAGUUGCUCCCGAUAGAGAACUGGAUCCAACAGUUCUUUCUCGUUUGAAGCAAUUUUCAGCGAUGAAUAAGUUAAAGAAGAUGGCUUUGAGGGUUAUAGCUGAGAGCUUAUCAGAAGAAGAGAUUGCUGGUUUAAGGGAAAUGUUUACGGCAAUGGAUACCGAUAAUAGCGGUGCAAUCACAUUUGAUGAACUAAAAGCCGGUUUACGAAAGUUUGGUUCUACAUUAAAAGAUACAGAAAUACGCGAUCUAAUGGAUGCGGCUGACGUGGACAACAGUGGGACAAUCGACUAUGGAGAAUUCGUAGCAGCCACGAUUCAUCUGAACAAACUGGAACGAGAGGAACAUUUGGUCGCUGCGUUUCAGUAUUUUGACAAAGACGGAAGCGGUUAUAUUACAGUUGAUGAGCUUCAACAGGCGUGCACGGAUCACAACAUGACUGAUUUUCUUGUGGAGGAUAUUAUCAAAGAAGUUGAUCAAGAUAAUGAUGGAAGGAUUGAUUACGGGGAAUUCGUGGCGAUGAUGACGAAAGGAAAUGCAGGUAUCGGUCGACGAACGAUGAGGAAUAGUGUGAACAUUAGCAUGAGAGAUUCACCGAGAGCAGUCUAGGCGGUUUGAUAAUCGUUUCUUGUUGUUCAAGUAAUUGUAUGUUUUGUUUGGCUCAAUCAGUGGAAACAAAAAAUAUGAAAUAUUCUAGCAAGUAGUUAUUUAUAAAUACUUUAUUAAAUUAUAAACCAAGAAUCAGAAUUGUUUAGGCUGGAAGGAGAAAGUAACAUGGGAUUGCUUCUAUUCCUCUGUAAAUACUAAAUUCUUUGUACCACUUAUGUUUUAUUUAAUCAUCAUAAAUUAGAAAAAAAAAA